AUGGCGUUUUCUAGUUAUAGACCACAGCAACAAAUCUAUCCACUUGAACAGACCUUUACAUUGAAUCAAUCGUCUGCACUUGCUAUGGUUUCUCCACAGUCAUUAGAGCACACUUUUCAAACCAACAAAAUCCAUCAAGAAGACUUUCAACUGUCUGUCAAAGUUUCACUGUCAAAACAACUGUAUGUUUUGACAAAAAAAGUAAUUUUGACAAAGCUCCGAGAUAGGACAUCUACUCUGGUUGCAAUCCUCACUCCAGUCUUCAUUCUAUUUAUUCUGUUUAUUUUGAAUGUUUCUCUGUCCACCACAAUCUCUGCUCCAGUACCAACUGCCUUGAAUACCCUGUCAUCGUAUUGUCCUGACGGAUCAGCCAAGCUUAACUGCGUUAGUCUAGGAUUCACAAAUUCUACUCCAAUUGAUGACAUCGUUACCUCGCUCACUUCAUUGGUUUUGGCUGCUGAGCCAGAUGCUCGCAUACUGAGCUUCUUAUCAAAGGAUGCCAUAUUAUCUGCUCGUAAUGCCAAUCCAACUCUGUUUGUUGUUGGGGUCGAGUUUCUGAAUGUAUCAGAUCUAACAACAGCAUCUAUUACUCCGUCGAUUACAUACAACAUCAUCUCAAACAGUACAGUCAUCUCUUCAUACAGGGAUGUUCGUAUAGAUACUGCAAUUGCAUAUGUACAAACAGCCAUCCUUAACGUAUUUCGCGCAAAACAAAAUCUUCCAUCACUCAGAUCUCCGCUUCUAUCUGCACCGCUUUAUCCCCACAAUGGUGCUCCAUUACUUGCAACCAUUCGUGGUAAAGCAACCUCUGGCGUAGCUUCAUUCUUGCCAUACUAUUUUAUCUACAUGCUGCAGCCUUUCUUUCAAGUACUGUUGACGACUCUUGUCAAGGAAAAAUCUGAAAAGACAAAAUCUGGGUUGAUUAUGAUGGGCACCAAUGAUACCAUGUACAUGCUGUCCAUUCUAAUAGGCAACGCGUUGUUUAACAUCGUUACCGUUCUCAUUGUCGUACUGAUCGUUAUGGCUGGAGGUAUCUUCAAAUACUCCUCGGCAUAUCUACUGAUCGUGCUACUGCUAUUGUAUAUGAUCUCGCUGAUUCUUCUAGGAUGUAUUAUGUCCAUUUUUAUCUCGCAUAUUCGACAAGUGUCUUCUAUUAGCAUGUUUGUUGCUUUUGGAUCGCUCGCAUUUUUUGGAAUAUGUCAGAUAUUUGUCUGGAAACUCGACCAUGUGUAUCUUGAGUACCUUGUGAUGUUGGUUGCUCCUGUUGCACUUGGUCGAUCUCUUGCAUUAACCAUGAGUGCCGAAAGUCAGGCUCUUGGACUUACAUUAGAUUCAAUGAGCGAUAUUCGCGUCGGUGCUCCUUUUCACAUGCUUGCACUUGACAUUGUGUUGUAUUGGAGUCUUGCAUGGUAUUUAAACAAGAUUUUUCCUGGAGAGAAUAUUGCCACUUCACAACCAUGGAGUUUCCCCUUUAUCUCCAGUUUUUGGUUCUCUACUUAUAAAAGUAUUCCCUCACUCCAAGUACCCAGACACGCAUUACAAGAGGAUGGCUUUAUUGAAAACUUUAACGAAGAUCAUAUUUCAGAUUCCGACCGCAAUGUGCUAUCCAUUAACAAUAUACUGAAGGAAUUUAAAGUCAAAGAAAAACCAAAGGAUGCAUCUUCUGAUUCUAGCAAGGGGAUCUUUGGCAGAUUUUUUUGUGGUGCAGCAAUGGAAACCAAAAUUAAGCGUGCUGUGCAAGACUUUAAUUUGAAUUUACACAGUAGUCAGAUUCUUGCACUACUGGGCCACAACGGUGCGGGAAAAACUACAUUAAUAUCCAUGAUAAGUGGUGUUGUGUUGCCAAAAUCAGGCCACAUUUACGUCAAAUCCAAGUCGGGCGACAAAGUGAUGGAUAUAACGGAUCCUUUUGCAUUAUCAAUGUUUAGACAAGAACUUGGUGUAUGUCCACAGUUUGAUGUAAUCUUUGAAUCUCUCACUGUUCGUGAGCAUUUAGAACUGUAUUGUGGUAUUAAGGGUGUGACGAUUGAUGGCCGAGUUGGAGAUUUUAUAUCUAGUGGUCAAAAAGAGGCUGCAAAUUUAAAAAUGCAAUAUGUCGAGGCCAUAGCACGCGAUGUUGAACUGUAUGCUAAACUAGAUGCCUACAUCAGUACUCUCUCUGGCGGUAUGAGACGCAAACUAAGUGUAGCUAUUGCGCUACUUGGAUCUCCUCGUAUCGUGUUGUUGGAUGAGCCAACUACUGGCAUGGAUGUUGCUGCUCAACAACGUAUCUGGUCUUUGAUUCGAAGCUGCAAAAAGAAUCGUGUUUUGAUUUUGACUACACAUUCUAUGGAGGAGGCCGAUGUUCUUGGUGACCGUAUUGCUAUCAUGUCGAAUGGCCAUCUCAAAACACUUGGCACAUCGAUUUUUCUUAAAUCGCAAUUCGGUACGGGAUAUAGUAUUGAUUUUGUCAAGUCUGACAAAGCUACAAUGUCCAAUCAACUAUCCACUCGGGCAGAUUCAACAAUUCUCAAAAUUGUGCAGCAAUUUUUUCCUGCUGCGUAUCUUGAAACCGCAGUGUCCAGCACCACAGUCAAGGUUCGACUUGCCAAAGUACAAGAUACAUCAGACCGCGGAAAUAGUGCUUUUACACCACUUUUUGCGGAUAUGUAUCGGACUCUGCAGGUCGAGAUUGCAAAUGGAGAACUCGCUUCAAUUGUGAAUAACGUUGGCUUGGAUUUAACCACUCUUGAACAAGUAUUUAUGCGCUUUAAAGAGGAAGAGGCAACUACAUAAUAUCCAAUUUAUCUAUUUUUAAUAAACAUACGUUUUGCUAUGAUU